UUACCCGCGCUUCCUUCCCCGAUAGAUUUGUACUUGGAAGCUGCGAAUUCGGGCUGCGGCUUUGUCCUUCGGGUUUGCAUCGCCACCCUGUCCUACCAGCGCCCCAACCCCACACUGCAUCUGCCGCCGGAGGUCCCCACCAUGGCCCCUAUCGGAAGAAAGCGGAAGGCCGCGCCGGCAGAGACUGUGGACAAGCGCGAGAAAUUGGCAGAGGGCCCGGCGGUGGUCAUUGAGCACUGCACGAGCUGACGCGUCUACGGGCGCCACGCUGCUGCCCUGAGCCAGGCUCUGCAGCUGGAGGCCCCAGAGCUGCCUGUGCAGGUGAACCCCUCCAAGCCGCGGAGGGGCAGCUUCGAGGUGACGCUGCUGCGUGCGGACAACAGCCGUGCUGAACUCUGGACCGGUAUAAAGAAGGGCCCGCCACGAAAGCUCAAAUUUCCUGAGCCUCAAGAGGUGGUUAAAGAAUUGAAGAAGUACCUUUCCUAAGGACGUUGGGCAGGGAGCCCCCAUGCUGAGCUUUCAUUCCCUGGAGAUGUCGAAGCAUUUAUGAUAGUGCAUGGCCAAACUUAAGCUAUGUACCUGAAGCCAUAGUUUCUUCCUCACCAGAAAUGAUGGUUCCGUUGUGAGGCAGCCCUUGUAAAAGUUAUUUGGUUUAAUAAAAGUUAAAAUUAAA